GAAAACCCUGUAUUAAGUACAGAGUUUCAGGUUCCGAUUGAACCUCAAAUGAGCAGCCUUUAGGGCCAUUGUCCCAGAUCAGAAUCACUUCAAAUGUAUCACUGAUCUGGAGAUUUUCUGGGAAGCAAGGGUUCAUAGCCUUUACUUGAAGUUUCUAAUCUACGUUGAGCUGGAUAAUGUAUCUCAAUUCAGAAUGAAAGUCAUUCUGCGACCAAACAGGAAAAAAAACUCGUGACGGAGGUAUUAUGGAAAUGCUUCUCUGUGUAUGAGACCGGGAUGGGAAGAAUUCCUAGAUUCCGGACCCCACUCUGCCGCCAACAAGCGGUGGGACCUGAGGUCGAGGAUUAAGAAUCAUGUUGCAUGAAGCAAAGGACAGGCAGAAGUUCGUCAGUGAUGUUCAAUAUCUGCGAGACAUGCAGCACAAGGUCGACUCCGAAUAUCAGGCUUGUCUGAGACGACAGGAAUAUAGAAGAGACCCAAAUGAGAAGAAACGAGACCGGUUUGGGGGACAAGAGACAAAUUUUGAGAGAUCCCGGUUUUCAAGUGGGUCAUCUUCCAAACAGAGUUCUGGUGAGGAGGAUCCUCUAGCCGAACCAAGAUUAUCUACCAAGAAUUCUGCAUGUAAGAGCGAUUCCAGACUUCCAGCAAUUGACCAAACAUCAGUCAAGCAGAAACACAAAAGUACCAUGACUCCAAAGAAAUCAGAGAAAGCGGGCCCCAGCAAACCCUCUCCAGCAGCCCAGGCACCACAGAUUUUAUCAAGAAAGAAGAGGCCAGACCUGGGGAGACUGACAGUCAGCCCAGACCUGCAGAGCCCGAGAGCGUGCAGGGACAGAAGCAGACAGAUGCCGCGGCUGCCCGGGAAGGCGCUGGCCCUCAGGGGAGCAGAUCCAGUAGUUCAACAAGAAGGUCCAAUAUGGACAAGUGACACCAAGAUGAAGAGGCCAACUCGAGAGAGAAGAAGCUUAGUCUCCUCCUCACAGCUAGUGACAGUGACAGAGAAAACCCCCGAGAGAGCCAAGAAAGGAAACCUGAGUGCUCUUGCCCAGAAUGAGCCGCACCCAGCCCUCUCCCAGGGAUUCCAAGGAACAAGUGGUUCUCAACUGUUGAGCGAGUCCCUGGGGCCACCACUCAUAAGCACCAACUUGGGAGGGCCCAGAAGAACGACAUUUCAGUUCAGAGAUGAAGAUUUUUAUUCUGUUUUAUCCUUAAACCCUAGAGGAGAAAAUGAUGAUACGGAAGAGGAAACCCACACAGAGGAAGAACUUUUGUUGGCCGGUAUGCUCCCGCUCCAUUCUCCUUCCAGUCAUAAGAGAAGUCGAUUUCUUGGGACAUCGGCCACUCAGGCCAAAAAUAAGAGUUUUGUAGACCAUCCUGCAAAUUGCAGAGCUAACUCUAUAAGAAGAAGUGAGUUCAGUCCUGGCUUAUUAAGAAUAAGCAGUGCAAUGGAGCCAGUGACAGAACAGCCUUCUGUUGGGCCAAGUAUGUUCCAAGACCCUAGGCUGCCUGAUGCAGGGUCUUCUAAAGAGAAUGAUAGCAGUGACAGUGACAAUGAGAAAAAGAUCUUUCAUUCAUGGGACACCAAAUCAGAACCCAGCCCAGAUGAUGAUCUCCAUGCUGACAAUGUAUUAUUUACUGGUGGUACUUCUAUGGAAGAUAGACCUGGUCCUCAUGAUUAUCAAAGAGGCUGGCAAGCCUAUUUAAAUGAUUCUAGUAAUUCUUUUGACUGUUUUCUUGCUAGCAGACCACCAGCUCCAAGAUCAUCAAUGAAUUCAUCCUGUAACACUCCUGGAUCAUUAAUGCAUUCUGCUCUGAGAGAUGAUACUCCAGGAGACCUGUCAAUGUCAUCUACUUUAGUCCCUAAUUCAGACUCAGGGGUAAACUCCAGGUUCAAUGUUCGUCAACCACUGUCCAUCAUUAGACAUAGGAAUCUCCUGGCCAGUGCUGAAAACCACAGUUAUUUUCCAGUAAACAGUGCACAUGAACUUGAUGUCAGGGGAGCAGAAGAUACUACUUUAACAAGCCAAUCUCAGGAGGCUCCAUUAUAUACAGAAGAUCUCUUACUAAAUCAUCAAAGCAGCUUGUCCUUGGUGGAGUCUUCCAGCUCCCCUCCAUCACAAAUGAACUUACAAGAUCAUUUGCAUGUACCUGGGUCCCUGCAAGAAAAUAUACCUAUUACUUUCUUUGCAGUGUCUGAGUUCCCAAAUCAAAAUGAUACUGGGAGCAGAAUGGAGGUCUCUGGUUUCACAGAUGAAAAGGAAGCCACUAAAAUAAAGGCAGACCCUGAGAAACUCAAGAAAUUACAAGAAAGUCUCCUGCAGGAGGACUCCGCAGAGGAGGGAGACUGGUGUCGCAUCUGCCAGAUAGCCGGGGGUUCCCCCACCAACCCCCUCCUGGAGCCCUGCGGCUGCGUGGGAAGCCUGCAGUUUGUCCAUCUAGAGUGCCUGAAACAAUGGCUGAAAGUGAAACUAACAUCAGGAGCAGAUCUUAGCACUGUGAAGACCUGUGAGAUGUGUAAGCAAGACCUGCUGGUCGACCUGGAUGAUUUCAACAUGACCGAGUUCUACCAGAAGCACCAGCAGUCCCGGGCACAACACGAGCUGAUGAACACAGGCUUGUACCUGGUGCUGCUGCUUCGCCUCUACCAACGGAGGUUUGCAGAACUCAUGAGACUCAACGACAACCGGGCUGCAAGAGAGAGGUUGUCAAGAAAUUACCCACAACCCAGACCGGAAGAAAAUGAAAGUUCCGAGUUGGGAGAUGGAAAUGAAAGCAGCAUUUGUGAAAGCAACAGGCGGGUAGUCUAGCAAGGAAGCUGCCCCGGGAGUGAAGCGGAAGCCUGUCCCUUCAGCUGCCCUUUCUCUGUC